AUGAAGAGAGAGAGGAAUGUAAUCUCUCUUUCUCGAUUUCUUCCUCUCACUCCCUUAUGUUGUUCUGUCCACCCACUCUCUCACUAUCUUCCUCUCCCCAGAGACUCUUUCUCCUCCUCACUCGCUUAUCUUCUCUGCCUCUCUUUUUCACUCUCUCUCUCUCAUUUUCUUUUCUCCCAACUGUUUUUCUAUCUCUCUCUCUUUCUCUCAUUAUCUCACUCAUAUAUUUCUUUCGAUCUUCUUUUUCACUAUUUUUACUUUUUUCCACCGUCCUUUCUACUCUCUCUCUCUCUCUCUCUUUCGCUCUUACUUUCUCCUAUGCCUUUCUCUCAGUCUAUAUCUUUACUUGUCUCUCUCUUACUCAUUCUGUACCCGUUCCUUGUCACCCUCCUUCUCUCUCUAUGCUUCUCUUUCUUCAUCAUGUCGUUUUACUUGCUUCGUCCAAUUUACUCUGUACUUAUAUUUCUUUCUCUCUUUCUUUCUCUUCAUUUUCUCUGUUCUUCUCUCCCCUCCUUUCUUUCUCUCUUUUAUGAGCUAUCUCUUCAUGACCCCCCUCUCUCUCUCUCUCUCUCUCUCUCUCUUACUCUAACUCCUUUACUUCUCUAUCUCUCUUUUCCUUCCUUCUCUCUAUCUAUAUACUUUACCUCUUCACCCAAUCUCUUUCUCCCAAUCUUUUUCUCACCGUCCUGUUUACAUGUCACAUUCUAUUACCUUUUCUCUCUCUCUCUCUCUCUCUCUCUCUCUCUCUCUCUCUGCUGUUCUUUUUCUAUCACACUUUCAUGUAAUUUAUUCCUUUCUCUCUAUCUCUCUCAACUCCCUCACCCGCUCCCCAUCACCUUAGUUUUGUCCUUCUUUCUCAUUCUUUGUUUCGCUUUCCUCUUUCUCCCCCUCGACACACUUUCCUACUCUCUCUUAAUGUCUUUGUAUAUUGCUUUCUCUCACACUUUCUUCCCUACGCCACUCUGUCGUAUUUCCAUGGGUCCUCUCUUUAUCUUUCUCUCUCUUCCCAAUACCCCUCUCUGUUCAUCUUUCACACUUCGUCUUCAAUUGUGGCAUCUCUCGAUUACUUUUUCUCUUUGUUAUCUCUUCUUUUCGUUUCCUCAUUUCUCACCACAUUUCUAUGUCUUUCUUUCAUUCUUUCCAUCUUUAUUUAUUUCUAUCUCCUCUCAUUUUGACACGCUAUACCUCACCUUCUUUCUUUCUCUCUCGAUAUAUCUCGUUCUCCUUUCCCCUCUCUCUUUUUCUCGCUCUCUCUGUUAUUUUCUGACAAAUCCGUACACAUACACUGAAAGUAAACAAAUUCGCCUUUCUUGCCAAUUUUAA